AUGAAGAAAGGAGAAGUAAGAAAAAGAAUGAAUGAGAAAUACCACUUGGGAAAACUGAAGGAAGGAAGAAAUGAAGGAUGGGAUGAAAAUCAAGAUAAGUUGGGUCUGGGUGAAAAAGAACUGAGUAAGGUGAAAAAGAGGAGAGCUUUUCUUUCUUUCCUUUUCUUAGAUUUUGUUCAUGUAAAUAGUCAGCUCAUUCAAAGGGAGAUCUCUUGUCCCUGUGAGGAUACCAACUGCACCAAAAUUGUGGAGUCCUUCAACACCUGGAAUGACUUGGAAGCCAAUGCCUACACACUGAUGGACCUGCUGCUUAGAGACCCAACAAUGAUAGUGCAAGAUGUGCCGGGUGCCUUUCCUACAGUGGAUGUCCCAGACCAUGCCCACUAUACAAUUGGAGUAGUUGUUCUUAUUGUGGGAAUCACAGGAACUCUGGGUAAUUUCCUGGUCUUCUAUGUCUUCUGCAGGAGUAGGAGCCUUCAGACUCCAGCCAACAUAUUCAUCAUCAAUCUAGCUGUUAGUGACUUCCUGAUGUCCAUUACACAGUCUCCAGUUUUUUUCACCAACAGCUUCCACAAACGCUGGAUUUUUGGUGAGAAAGGCUGUGAGCUGUAUGCCUUCUGCGGAGCUCUUUUUGGCAUUACAUCUAUGAUCACUUUGAUGGUGAUUGCCUUGGACAGAUAUUUUGUCAUCACGAAACCUCUGGCUUCUGUUGGAGUGAUGUCUAAGAAGAAGGCCCUAAUAAUCCUGGUAGGAGUCUGGCUGUACUCUUUGGCUUGGAGCCUCCCACCCUUCUUUGGAUGGAGUGCAUAUGUUCCCGAGGGUCUGAUGACUUCCUGUUCCUGGGACUACAUGACUUUGACACCAUCAGUCCGUGCAUACACAAUGCUGCUUUUCUGCUUUGUCUUUUUCAUUCCUUUGAUUGCUAUCAUAUACAGCUAUGUCUUUAUAUUUGAGGCUAUCAAGAAGGCCAACAAGUCUAUUCAAGCUUUUGGAUGCAAACAUGGAAAUAAAGAGUUCCAGAAACAGUUUCAGAGGAUGAAAAAUGAGUGGAAGAUGGCCAAAAUUGCACUGAUUGUCAUCUUGCUUUAUGUCAUUUCCUGGUCACCAUACUCUGUUGUUGCUCUGGUAGCUUUUGCUGGGUAUUCUCAUGUCCUAACACCCUUCACAAACUCCAUACCAGCUGUGAUUGCCAAAGCUUCUGUCAUCCAUAACCCUAUCAUUUAUGCCAUCAUUCACCCCAAAUACAGAACAGCCAUUGCAACAUAUGUUCCUUGUCUUGGAUCCCUGCUGAGAGUUUCUCCUGAAGACUCACAGUCUUUCAGCAGUUACCCCUCCUCCAGACGAGAGACCGUAACCAGCCAGUCUUCUGAGAUAAGCGGGCCGCAGAAAGGAAAAAGGCGACUGUCUUUUCUCUCUGACAGUGAAUCAGGCUGUACUGACACAGAAACUGAUAACCCCCGUAUGCUCUCCAGACUUGCUAGCAGACAGAUUUCCUACAAAAUGGGUAAAGGCACAACUCAAACUAGUGACGUAAGAACCAAACCUAAACUGAAGAGCCCUGAUUCUGGGAUUUGUGAGAAGACAGCUGUAGAUUCUGAUGACAUAUCCAUGGUGGAACUAAACGUCACAGAAUACACUGCUACACCUACUAGAGCUGAAAGCCUGAAUGGUACUGGACAAAGAAAAGGACAGUCUCACUCUGGACCACCUGCAGCCCAGAUACCCAGCAUCACAAUAACAUACAGCAAUGUCCAAGGAGUAGAGCUUCCUUCUGGAUACCACUCUGGUUUCCUGUACCCUAAGAUCAACAGCCACAAGCAAAACAGGAAGUCCAACAGCCUAGUGAGUGGUGCAAGCAACAACGUCACCUUAGCCAAUACCUCUAGAACAACUACAGACCUGCUGAAUCCAGAAUACCUUCCUACAUUGCUCUGAAGUGCUCCUGCAAAGACACAAGACAAGCAAGGAUAAAAGCAAGAGGAGUAAGCUUUUCAGCAUCAAAACUUUCUCAAAUAGUCCACUUCUUGAUCAGAGUCACACUGUAAUUUUAUUAUUUCUUUUUUUGUGUGCAGCUCAUGAAAAAAUUUCACUUGGAUUUUACUGUGCUCAGGUAUAUCCCACCACUGCAUGGGUCUUACCCGUAAGCCUCCUAGGAUUAACUAGAGAGGAAAGGGAAAUAUGAGAUUCGAAACUGGCCAUUGUUCACCUAGUGUAGCUUAACUUCAAAGCUACUACAGAGCUAAAGCUGAGAGGUUUGGGGAAAAAAUGUACAUUACUUCUUGAAGAUGGUUUCUUCAUUAUUGUGAAGUUCUUCAACCAAAUGAAAACUUGAACGCACAGUCAGUGCUCCCUUCUAUAAUCAAUGACAUACUUUCCCUCAUUUUCUUCUACAAUCCAAUUGAAAGGCAAUGCACUUGAGCAGUAAUUUGAAGUCUCAGAUCUUGAUUUUCAUUUCUGAGAUUCUGGGGAAAGAGAAAGGAGUAACACUGAGGACGGCACUAUGGUUCUUUCCAUACUUCCAUGGCUUCUUUUUCCAACAGUCACUUAAGGGACCAGUUUAACCCACUCUUAGCUAACCUCCCCAGAGCCAUGAGAAAGUAUUAGGAAACUCCUUCCAACUUUCCUUUAGCAGGUUUCAUGAGAAGAAUGCAGAAUUCAAAGCAAUUGUUGUACUGAAAUGUCUUAUGGGUAAGUCAAUACAUCUGCCUUCUAAUACUUCAAAGUGGUUUACCUUUAGACGUGCUUUUUUGAAGUGAAUCUUGGGAGGGUAAGGGUUAGCUGCCUAAAAACAGCUGUUCUAGAGAUGUGUGGAAUCCACACCAUCCCCACUUCAGCAUUUUCAUUUUUACCUUCUCUAAACAGCAGUAUUCUUAUAGCUGAGUUUUUUUCCCCAC